AUGGAAAAAAAUAAAGUAUCUCCAAAAAUCAUUAUUGAUGGUCACACAGUGGUAUGUGCUACUGAAUAUAUUCAAGAGCAGCCACCGCGUCUAACACCAACUGGAAAAAUAAGUCACGCGAAAACGAGAGUUUAUACACAACGUUAUCGCAAAGAGUGGGAACUUAUGCCUGAUUUCAAAGGAUGGCUGACAUCAGUAGAAAGGCAACCUACACGUGCGUACUGUACAUAUUGUAAGAAAAAUCUUCAUGCACAUCGGUUGUCACUAUUAAAACAUACCUGUACAAUGAAACACCAAAGAGCAGCACUGAUGCAUCAAACCCAUAUGCAAAAAACUGGAGAAGGUGAUCUCAAGUAUUCACCUCCAUUUGAAACAAUAACUUUCGAAACUGUAAAACAGAAUGACGAUGAAGAGAACGAAGAUGGUAAUGAUAAUGAUGAUGAUGAUGAUGAUGAUGAUGAUGAUAAUGAUGAAGGUAAUAAUGAUAAUGAGCAUGAAGUCGAGUACAACGAAGAUAUAGAAUAUAUUGAAGAACAGAGUAUAGAUAUGGACAAUGAGGAACAAAUUGACGAAAAAACCCAGCAGAUUGUUGAGCUGGAAGAUUGUGAUUCACAAGAUUUUUCUUUAAAAAUAGAUAAAAAUGAACCGUGUAGUAAAAAGAUUAAGCUAGAUCCUGGUGAGCGUAGAGAUACAUUGGCUGAAGCAAUGGCGCAUGUACAUGGAGAAUAUUCAGAUGAUAAUGACAAUCAAUACGAGGAAGAUGACUGUGAAAAUAUUGUGCAUAAUGAAGACAAUAUUACAGAAGAAGAGAGAAAAAUUAAUCAAGUGCCAAUAACUAAAAUCUUGAAAAAUCAGCAAAGUGGUGUUGUUAUUAAACUACGUAAUAAGAAAAUUACAGAUGAUUUAAAUACAAAUAAUGAUACUGAUGAAAUGGGAACAAAGGUUUACACUACUUGUCAAUUAAAUUCAUCACAUCUUUUGAACGCUGCACCACACGAAAUAAAAAAAUUGGUUGCUAUUGUAUCAAAGGGAACGAAAACGACGCUAUUUCCUGGUAAAACUCUGACAUUCACUCCAUCAAAAUUAAAUUCUAAAUUGGUUCUUGAUAAACUCAAAGGUAGUAAUAAUUUAUCUUUGGUGGUGUCAGAUCCAAAAACACUAACUCAACGUUCUCCUGUAUCUAAAAUAUCUAAUAACAAUGAUACCAAUAUUAAUAAUAAUAAUUCUACCAUUAAUACUAAAAAUAACUCAAAAGGAUCUACUGUUACCGCUGGUCCGAGUGAAAAAACUAAAAAACCAAGUAAUUUAAUUAGAAAUAUCAAAUUUAAGCCACCACCUAUUUCCACUCAUGUCAUGGAUACUAGCAAAGGAAUUCCUGUAUCUGGACUUCAAGUAAGUUUGUAUAAACUUAUGGAUGGACGAUGGACCUUCUUAAACGAAAGCUCAACAUUAUCUGACGGACGUUGUACAGAUCUUGUUGAUGAUUCAAAAAUAAAUUUAACUGCAGGCCGCUAUAAGAUUCAUUUCGACGUCGAUAAAUAUUUCACAGUCCGAAGAAUUGAAACAAUGUAUCCAUUCAUUGAAAUAGUGUUUGAUGUUAAGAAUCCAACAGGAAAUUAUCAUAUACCAGUUUUAUUGAGUCCACAUAGCUACACAACUUAUCGCGAUUCUGGAGGGUGGCCCAGUUGGGAUGAUAUUUUGUCUCUUGACUUAAAAUUUAUACAAAUUACGUCAAAAAAAUAUUUUUGUAUUUUGUUACACAUAUCUACUCACGUAUUAGAUACAAGUCGUGGAAUCCCAGUGCCGAAUCUACCGGUGAGUCUUCACAAAAACGAAAGUACCAUCUGGGUUUUGAUAAGUGAAAGUAAAACAACAUCGAAUGGAAGAUGCUCUGAUUUAUUAGAAAUAGCUGGUCAAUCAUUAACGGAAGGGCGUUACAAACUUGUAUUCAACGUAGAAAAUUAUUUUACUACAACUGAAAGAUUAUCGUUGUAUCCAAUUAUUGAAGUGAUAUUUGACAUAAAAAAUGCUAAUCAAAACUAUCAUUUGCCACUUCUCGUAAAUCCCUUCGGAUAUAUUACUAACAAAGCAUUAAUUGAACUAGUAAAAACUGCAUUAAACCUACGUUUGAUACUUCUAAAGUAA